AUGUUCACCAUCAAACCAUUGGAUUCUCCGCUAGCUAAAGUGGUCGAGGCACCAAUGCAUGGAAGUACGGUAGAGGUACAUCUUACUGAUGCGAGCUACCUUCCAACCGGAGAAACCGCCCGAAAACCGUCACAUUGUGUGCUGCCACCGCAAUACGUGAGUCAGGCAGAGCGCAUCCACAACUUCACCGUGUACGAGGACGAUGUUUGGAUAUUGAGCUUCCCCAAGUGUGGCACCACCUGGACACAGGAGAUGGUGUGGUUGAUAAGCCACGAUCUGGAUUAUAAAACCGCGUCGGAAGUGAACCUGCUUGAUCGUUCUAUAUUUCUUGAAUUUUCUGCAUUCAUGCUCAACUAUCCCGGCGAUACGAUCGAGCAGGUGGAAAAGGCAAACCGACCAAGGCACAUUCAAUGUCACCUACCGAUUGCACUACUGCCGAAACAGAUCUGGACCGUCCGGCCAAAGUUGAUCUACUGUGCCCGUAAUCCCAAGGAUGCUGCCGUUAGCUUUUAUCAUCAUUAUCGUCACCUUCACGGAUAUCAAGGAACGAUGCCAAAUUUCUUCGAUGCUUUGCUAAGCGAUCAGAUACUGUUCGGACCACAAAUUCCUCAUACGCUCGAUUUUUGGAACGUUCGCCGUGAGAUGAAUAUACUCUUCAUACAUUUUGAAGAAAUGAAAAUGAACAUGGCUGAUGUACUGCGAAGAGUUUGCAAUUUUUUUCACAAAUCUUACACCGAUCAGCAGCUGGCCGAGCUUGAAAAUCAUCUCUCCUUCGAUGUUAUGAAAAACAAUAAAUCAGCAAACAAUUCUUGCGUAUUGGAGCUAGUGGAAUCACUAUCCGGGAAAAGGGUGGAAAACUUUCAAUUUAUGCGAAAAGGAAAGAUAGGUUCACACAGUGAAGAGUUAUCGGAAGAGUACAUCAAACUUUUUAACGACUACAUCGAGCGACACCUGGAAGGAAAUGAUUUUCGCUUUAAGUGA